AUGGCGAACGUCCUGGCAGGCGGCGACGGCAUGAUGGGCCAGUUUCCGCUCGAGCAAUGGUUCUACGAGAUGCCCGUAUGCACGCGCUGGUGGAUGACCGCCGCCCUCAGUGCAAGCGUGCUGGUGCAAUGCCACAUUAUCUCGCCCUUUCAGCUGUUCUACAGCUUCCGGACCGUCUUUGUGAGGAGUCAGUACUGGCGCCUCAUAACCACGUUCUUCUACUUCGGGCCCCUCAACCUCGACCUGCUCUACCACAUAUUCUUCCUCCAGCGCUACUCACGACUCCUCGAAGAAUCAUCCGGACGCUCACCCGCACACUUCUCAUGGCUCCUCACAUUCGCUUCCACGCUUCUCCUCUGCAUAGCGCCCAUGUUCUCCAUGGCCUUCCUCGGCUCCGCGCUGUCCAGCACCCUGAUCUACAUCUGGAGCAGGAAGAACCCGGACACCCUGCUCAGCUUCCUGGGCAUAAUAGUAUUCCGCGCGCCGUAUCUUCCAUGGGUGUUACUGUGCUUCUCGCUGGUCAUGCACGGCACUGUGCCCAAAGACGAAAUGUGCGGCAUUGUGGUCGGACACAUCUGGUAUUUCUUCAACGACGUCUACCCGCCGCUGCACAGCGGCCACAGCCCGCUCGACCCCCCGGCAUGGUGGAUCCGUCUCUUCGAAGGCCGACCCGCACCCGCCGAAGAACCCACAGAG